AUGUCCCGUCGACCGCGUUCCUCGUCUUCCGGACGGGAUGUGUCGCCCGUCGACGUCCACAACGCUCGCAGAACCUCCAGCCAGGUCUCGCCCGUGUCCGAGCAGUCGAUGCAUUUCGAGCAGUCAGUAUCCCGCGCCUUCUAUCCAGGCUCGCAUCCAGACAGUGCCUAUGCCAGACUCAGUUCUCAGCGCUUCGGCAACAUCGACUCUGCCAACCAGAACCAGAUCCAUCCGCCCUCGCCGCCCCGCCAUGUCCACCAACAUAUGCCCCCGCGGAUCACGCAUUCGAAUUCUCUGCGAACAAACGCUACGGCUACCCCCGGUGUUGAUAACUUGGGCGCCGCCGCUGUCGGUGGUGGUAUCAGCGGUAUUGCGUUCGGUGUAGCGAACCGCAACGAAAGACAGAGCGGUGUGGAGGCCAUGCGGCCGGUCGACGAGCGUGGCCAACAAGAACAACAACAUUAUUACGAUGGCCCAUCGGAAAGGCACUAUACGGAUACCCCAUACGUACCCCCGGUGCCGUACUCGGACCAGCCCGCGGCAGACCCACGUCUUGCUCGAGAUUCGUACCAUGGGAAUUCAAAUUCAUAUUCAGCCUCACAUUUGCCGCUCGGGGGAGGAGCUGCUCUGGCUGCGGCAGGCACGCCAGCACACGGUUCACCGAGCAUGUCAACAUCGAAUCCGUCUCAGCUCAGCGUUGGAGAGCCGUACCCUCGCUAUCCCAGCGGCGGCUUGUACGAUGGCCCGUACCAUUCAUACCACAAUAAUCCAGCAUCUAUAAACCCGGAUGAGAUUGCCGACGAUGGCGAUGAUGGCUUUAUUAAUGUACCGCAGCGACGAUCCGGCUUGUUUGGGAAAAAGUCAAGUCAAGAAGCCGUGGCCGGCGGUGCUGCUGCAGGUGCGGCUACUGGCGGUGUCCUAGGUGCCAUGAACAACUUGCGCGGAGGCGGCUCAACCGUAUACGGACCAGUUCCUCACAGCGAGGGAGGUCAUGCUGAGAAGAACCCAGCUCUUACUCAGCACGCUGCCGAUGCUGCUGCUGCCAAGAGGCGGAAGCGCUGGAUGUUGACUCUGCUGGUGGGAAUCGGUAUUAUUGCUGUCAUUGUUGGAGCGAUUGUUGGAGGUAUUCUUGGGAGUAGGAAGCAUGGUUCUUCCUCAUCCAAUUCAGAUGGCGACAGCAGCGGUGAUGGUAGUGACGAUCCCGGUACGAAUACCCAAACAGCCGAAGGCGAUAUCAAAACGAAUGGUCUUCUCGACAAGAACUCACCAGAGAUUCAAAAACUCAUGAAUAAUGACAACCUUCACCGAGUCUUCCACGGCAUGGACUAUACCUCUUGGGGCGUGCAGUACCCUUUGUGUGAAAAAUACCCGCCCAGUCCGAACAACGUCACGCGCGACAUGGCAGUUCUCUCGCAACUCACCGACACGGUCCGUGUUUACGGAACUGACUGCAACCAGACCCAGAUGGUGCUAGCUGCCAUUGAUCGGCUAGAGCUGACAGAUAUGAAACUGUGGCUCGGUGUUUGGGUCGACUCGAAUGAGACAACAGUGAAUCGGCAAAUGGACAUCCUGUACGAUGUCAUCGACGACAUGAACGAUACCUCCAUUCUCCAGGGCGUCAUUGUCGGCAAUGAAGUGUUGUACAAUGGUGGCUUUGAGGUCAAGGCGACCGCCCAAGAAAAGCUCACCACGUACUUGAACAAUGUGCGGUCGAAUCUGACGUCCAAGGGGCUCAAAAUCCCCGUUGCAACAUCGGAUCUUGGCGACAACUGGACAGCCGAUCUGUUAGAAGCGUCCGAUCUUGUCAUGGCCAACGUGCAUCCGUUCUUUGGGGGCGUCCAGGUCGACAAAGCGGCGGCGUGGACGACCACGUUCUUCGACACACACGACGUCUCGCUGACAUCCGGCACGAAGAAAGAAGCCAUUAUUUCCGAGGUUGGCUGGCCCAGUGAUGGCGGAAAUGACUGCGGAACAAACAAUUGCACUGACACAACGUCUGGCUCGGUCGCUGGCAUUGACGAAAUGAACCAGUUCAUGGCGGACUGGGUGUGCCAAGCGCUGAACAACGGGACCAAAUAUUUCUGGUUUGAGGCUUUUGACGAGCCCUGGAAAGUAAAGUACAACACUCCCGGCAAGUCCUGGGAGGAAAAAUGGGGUCUGCUGGACGCCGGACGGAAUAUCAAGUCGGGCUUGAAAAUUCCAGACUGCGAUGGAAAAACAGUCUCCUCUUAA